AUGUCGUGUGAAGACGAGCAUUACCAUCCCCAUAGUCAUUCUCAUAGUCAUUCUCAUGGUGAUGAAGAUGAAGAUGAUCAUUCCCAUGGUCAUAGUCAUAGCCAUUCUCAUGGUCAUUCUCAUAUAGCACCAAUUGCAACCAAUGCAUCACAAUCAUUAUUACCUCGUAUUGAUUUAUCUAAAGUAACUGGUUUGAAUUUAUCUAAUCCUCCAUGUGAAUUGAGUCAGAUUUUUCGAACUCAAGAUUUAAAAUAUCAUUUAAAACCAAUUAUAAAAUCAGAUGAUAAUCAUGAAUUAAUUAUUCAUAUUCCCUUUUUAGAUGGAUCAACCAAAUUAUUCUCCAUAAUUCUAAGAACUAAUGGGGAUUUAUAUUGUCCUAAGAUGAUUAAAUUAUAUAAGAAUGAUAAAACAAUUGAUUUUAGUGAAAUUGAAAAUAAAAAACCAACAUUUGUCAUUAAUCAUCCUCAUCUUGGGGUAAUGUAUAAUGAUGAUGAAACUUCUCAGGAUAUUAUGCCUGAGAAAUUAGAAUCGGAUGAUGAUUUUGUUGAACACCUUUUACCUCGACAUUUAUUCACUGGUGUUCAUCAUUUAACCAUUUAUAUUGCUAGUAAAUAUAAACAAAAUGAUGAACAAGAAGAAGAAGAAGAAGACGAUAGUGAACCUGAUAGUGAUGAUGAAGAUGGAGCUAGUCAUUUACAUUAUAUUGAAUUAAGAGGAGAAUUCACCUCAUUGAAUAAAAAUCCAGUUGUAACUUUAUAUGAACUGGCUGCAAAUCCAAAUGAUCAUAAAUUAAAAUCAGAUAAUUUACUUACUAAUAAUUUCACCAUUGGUUGA